AUCACGAGUAUGGAAACUCAACUAGGAUUCAGAGAGAGUUCGCAUCGUCAUGUGUCUGUUACACGCCCAACAUGACGCGGACAACAUCCCUCCGCACUUAUGGCAAAUCUGCUCGAACCAAGCCGAGGCGACAGUUGGCUGAGCUUCCGCAGAGCCCUGUACGACCACCUCCAGCAACUGAUGGUUCAGGCGGCAAUGGCGACAAUGGCGACGAUGACGGCGAGGGAUCGACCCUAAAUAAAGUCACCGACCGUCUGAAGGCCGUAACUAUCAGCGAUGAUUCGCCAGGCGGAAAGGAACCCCCAAUACAGGCGGUAUCGCCUCAGGCCCCGCCGACGCCAUCCCCGAGCCCGCCAGCUACCGCCAGCCAGAAACAAAGAGACAACGCGCCUGCUAGUCCACAACUAGCGUCUUCGAAAAGGCCAGUAGACGAGAAGCACCAAACCUCGACAGCUGAUGAAUCUAAACCUCCGGAGACCCCUCUCCGCGUCCUCACCUGGCACGACGUCUGCCCGCCAGGCGACACCAUCAUCAAGAUCGCCGAAGCCUCCUACGCAGAGGUCUACCGCGUCAACAACGAGCGCGGCACGAGCAUCAUCAAAGUAAUCCGCCUCCCAUCCCCGAUCAAGCCGCAGACCAAGCCCCAGGUCCGGUCCGGCCUCGUCGACGAGGAGCCCCACCCGUCCGACGACCUCGAGGGCGAGCUGCGCAUCUCCGAGUGGCUCGCCGACGUCCCGGGCUUCGUGGUCUACAAGGAGCGCUACAUGGUCGAGGGCCGCGCCCCGAAAUCCCUCGUCGAGACGCACCAGGCUUUCCACCGCCGCGUCAAGCGCCAGGACCCGGACCGGCUGCAGUUCUACCCCAGCCCGAGCCGCUACCUCGACGGCACCCGGUUCCUGGUCGUGGAGCUGGGCGAUGCCGGUGUGGCCCUGGAGGACUUUGCGUUGGAGGACGCCGCGCAGCUGUGGGACAUUUUCCUCCUCGUGGCCAUCGCCCUGGCUAGGGCGGAAGAGCUUGUUGCUUUUGAGCACCGGGACUUGCACGAAGGGAAUCUCUGCAUCAGGCGAGUCUCCCAACCGCGCAGGCGAGACGCUUCCAUCCCGGGUCCAGCCUUUGGCUACUCAGGUCUCGACAUUACCAUCCUCGACUACGGCCUCUCUCGCGCUGAGACCCCUCUACCGUGGGAGGCAGACGACGACGACGACGACGACGACGACAAGGAGCCCACCGAAGGCAUCAUCGUUGCCCUCGACCUCGAAAAGGACCUCAGCAUCUUCACGAGCACCCACGCCCAGCAAUGCAAAGUCUACCGGCAGAUGCGCUCGUUCCUCCUCCACAACGGCACCUCGCGCAAAUGCCUCCCUCCCUCGGCGCACGACACGCCCUACCCACCUGUCGUUCAAGUCAACGGCAGCGGCAGCAGCGGCAGCAGCAGCAGUGACGAUGAAGACCACGAAGAAGAGAAGGAAUAUGGUGACGCGAGGGGCCAGCUGCGACAGAAACAACAACAGCAACAACAGCAACAACAACAACAACAACAACAACAACAACAACAACAACAACAACAACAACAACAACAACAACAACAACAACAACAACAACAACAACAACAACAACAACAGCAGCAGCAGCCGCCAGCCCUCUCCUGGGCCGUUUCCGCCCCGUACACCAACGUCCUCUGGCUCGCGUACACGUACCAGUACCUGAUCGGCCACUUCCGCGGCGAGAAGCGCGACGUCGCCGCCUGGCGCCGCGAGACGGCCCAGCUGUGGCGGCACCUCAACCCGGACGCGAAACCCGGCACGCCCGUCUUCGGCUGCGCGGCCGACGUGGUCCGCUUCGCCGUCGAGGCCGGCUGGUUGACCGAGUCCCAGGUCAUGGGCGGCGCCGCCGCCGACGGGUCGUACCUCGUCGAGAGGGAGGAUAGCAUCAUCCUGCCUCGGGAUGAGGUGGGCCAGGGAAAGGUCGAGGGUGUUCCUGGGGAGGAUAUCGACGCGGUGGGGCCGACGAGAGUCUGUCGGUCGCUGAGGAGUAGGAAGGUUGCCAAGUCCGGGUCAUGACAGGCCUUUCGGGGGAUUUUUAUAUCUGCAUUUCUAACGAAAUAUGUAAAACAUCAACUGUAUACAAUGGGAAACAUGGGGCGCAUUGUUUGUUACCGUUGCGGGUCUGGUACGAUGCUUGCUUCUUCUGCUUUUUACAUUCACCGGCAUCGCGUUGAUACUGGGAUAGAUUCAGAUAGAUGAUUAGAUGCCUGGCAUAAAUACCCCUG